AUGUCUCCUCCAGAGCAACCGGCAUUCCUCGUUAGCCAGCAAGGCACUACCGACGAGCCGGCCAACAUCAAGUCAGAUGAAGCCGUGAGCAUGGCACAGAACCCCUCCGAGGGGAGGCCGCCCGCCAUCGAUAUCAACGGCGGCAGCUCCGCAAAGCGUUCGGCUCAAAUCUCCAGGGACACGGAGGAUUUGAUCGACCUGGACAGCGAUUCAGACCUGCCACCUGCUCCCGCCAAAGGCAAGGCGGCCGUAAGACCCGAACCCGUGCCCAGCACCCCUCCAACCAUCCCCGCAGACAAGAAGAGAUCAUCCACCGACGCCUCAAGUCAGUUUCUUGCUCCCGAGUCUCAUUACGUCGACCCGACGCCACCUACACCCGUCACCUCUCAGCCCCCGUCCCGAAGCCCAUCCAGCGGUGCCCGUUCGCAACGUUCCAACACACAAUCACCCACCAGAUCAGAUCCCGAAUUCGAUGAGAGGAGAUAUGCCAGCGAAGAUGAACAAGAAAAUGGAUCCAAGCUGGAGAUCAAGACCAUCAUGGACCAGUUUAGCUCCGGUGACGGGGGUCCUGGCGCCGACGAGGUCAUGAGCCCGAGACUGGAGAUUGCUUCGCCCAUGCUUGGAAGCCCGGUAUCACAGCACCCUCCGCGUAAAUCCAGCCUUGAACCUCUUGCGCCUACGAUCGCAGGGCAGAUGGGGGAGGAUUUCAAGAAAUUGAAACUAGCGACCACAUCUCCAAGUCAGGACGCCGAAAAGAGCCAAAGCGAUUUCGACGAUUCAGGGCCUCCAGUUCCCCCCAAAGAUGGUUCUUCUGGGACGCCCAAAUCUAAAGACGAGAGGAGCUCGAGUAUAACCUCGCCAAUAUCACCUACCGUGACUGGCCAUCGGCCACCUCCUCCGGAACCGGAGCCGGAGCCAGCCCUUCCCUUUGAUUUCCACAGGUUCCUCGAGCAGCUCCGUAACAAGAAGGCCGACCCUGUUGCUAGAUAUCUUAAGUCGUUUCUAUCUGAAUUCAGCAAGAAGCAAUGGAUGGUGCAUGAGCAGGUGAAGAUCAUCAGCGACUUCUUAGCAUUCAUUGCCAACAAGAUGAUGCUGUGCGAUGUGUGGAGGGAGGUUUCUGAUGCCGAGUUCGACAAUGCUCGCGAGGGCAUGGAGAAGUUGGUAAUGAACAGGUUGUAUACCCAGACAUUUUCCCCAGCCAUCGCCGCUCCGAAGCCUAUCCCGGGUGGCAAACCAAAAAGAAGAGGCGGCGACGCUCCCCUUGGCCCCGGUCGUCGUGGGCAGCAUCAGGAGGACGUGGAGCGCGAUGAUAUCCUAGCUCAGAAGAUCAACAUAUAUGGCUGGGUAAGGGAACAGCACCUCGAUAUACCCCAAGUUGGAGAAAGCGGGAAGCGGUUCUUGAAACUCGCACAACAAGAACUGCUAAAGAUCAAAUCAUACCGGGCACCACGAGACAAGAUAAUAUGCGUCUUAAACUGCUGCAAAGUCAUUUUCGGUCUCUUAAAGCACAACAAGUCUGAUUCAUCGGCUGAUUCAUUCAUGCCGAUGCUCAUCUAUGUUGUUCUACAGUCGAACCCGGACCACCUGGUUUCGAAUGUUCAGUAUAUACUACGAUUUCGGAACCAAGAAAAGCUUGGGGGAGAAGCGGGCUACUACUUGUCGUCCCUCAUGGGUGCUGUUCAAUUCAUUGAAAACAUGGAUCGCACAACACUCACCAUCACCGACGCUGAAUUUGAGGCGAAUGUGGAGGCUGCCGUAUCUGCAAUCGCGGAAAAACACCAAGCUGCCAAUUCUCCUCGCAUACCUGAUCGUAACCAACAGGUCUUCAAUGAGAAAUCGCCCCUCAGUCCAACGGAACCCGCACCAAGGCGCUCUCGCGAUGAUCAAACCAGAAAGUCAUAUGAAUCCACCAACAAUGACACAAUGGCCAUGGGCGGCCUCCUAAAGACCAUCCAGAACCCACUCUCCACCAUUGGCCGAAUCUUCUCUGACGACGGCGGGCAAUCAUCUGCCCCUAGCCCGCCCGUCCCUCCUGCGACUCCUCGACCACCACACCCAGGCUCAACAUCACAGCGGCCUUCCUCCCGGCACGCCCUGUCAGCAGAAGAAGCCGCUGCCAGGCAAGCAAGUGCCGAAGCAGCCGAGGCACAGAGACUCCAUCGCGCUGAGCAUGCCAACGUAGUCGAGACUCUCUCCGGCAUGUUCCCAGAUCUGGACAAAGAAAUCAUUAGUGAUGUGGUACACCAGAAACAGGGCAGGGUCGGGUUAGCUGUCGAUGCUUGUCUUGCAUUGUCAACAUAG